UCCACAGCCCAUUCGGCGCCCAUCCAUGACCCCAGUGUCUACAUAUGUUCCGUGAAGCGCAGACGGAGACAGAUGUUCAUCCGCUCCGCCUGGAUGAUGGUGGUCUGGGCCGUUCUCCUGUCACUUUGGCUCACUGUCGCCCACGGUAUGCGAGACAGCCAGGUGCGGGAAUUGAGACAAGAAACUGAGCGCAUGUUCUUUCACGGCUUCGACAACUACCUCCAAUACGCGUUCCCCGAAGACGAAUUGCGCGCGCUGACCUGCGGCCCACUUGUUCGCGACGAGAAGAACCCGGAAAAUAACGAUGUGCUUGGGAAUUAUUCCUUGACCUUGAUUGACAGCUUGUCGACGCUGGCGAUCUUGUCGUCAAGUCCGGACAGCGGCGAGCGAGCUUUGGCGCAUUUUCAAGAUGGUGUCGAGGGCUUUGUUAGGCUGUAUGGGGAUGGCUCGGACGGCCCUGCUGGUCAGGGUGAGAGGUCGAGGGGCUUCGAUUUGGAUAGCAAGGUGCAAUUAUUCGAGACUGUGAUUCGAGGACUGGGGGGAUUGCUCAGCGCUCACCUUUUCGCCGUCGGUGAGCUACCGAUCACCGGUUACGAGCCAUCAGAACGGGAUGCUGCUUUUGCAAGCGCGUGGGAUAAAACAGGCUUUGGGGAAAGGGACCAUGGCAUCCAAUGGGAGAAUGGCUUUGUCUACGACGGGCAACUUCUUCGACUGGCUGUGGAUUUAGCGCACCGGUUGCUCCCAGCAUUUUAUACGAAAACGGGCCUUCCCUACCCCCGAGUCAAUCUGCGCCACGGAAUACCGUUCUACGAAAAUGCCCCUCUGAAUCGCAACGUAGGAGAUGCCGGUGGAAAGAGGAAAACCAAGUCAACUGAGUCUUCUGAACCCGCUGAGACUUGUAGCGCCGGCGCGGGCAGUCUAGUCCUCGAACUGACCGUUCUGAGCCGGCUCACCGGCGAUGGACGGUAUGAAGACCUUGGCAAGAGGGCGUUCUGGGCAGUCUGGAACCGCCGGAGUGACAUCGGCCUGCUUGGGUUUGGCAUUGAUGUGGAGUCGGGGAAAUGGGUGGGGCCAUGGAGCGGAAUUGGUGCGGGUAUUGACAGCUUCUAUGAGUAUGCCGUCAAAGCCCACGUACUCUUGUCCGAGGGAGAGCGCCUGCCCUUCGACCCCGAGAGCCCCUGGGCAGCGUUGGACUCAUACUAUGCUCCUCUGACGGAGUACCAGCAUACCGCUGAGGCCUUCCGACAGGUUUGGGAGGAAUCGCAUACUGCGAUUAAUCGGCACCUGUUCCGAGGCGAAGGGUAUCAGCACCCCCAUCUCAUUGUAGGAGAUGUGCUCACCGGUGCCACGCGAGCUUUCUGGAUCGAUAGUCUAAGCGCAUUUUAUCCGGGGGUCCUCGCCCUGGAUGGUAAGCUGGAUGAAGCUAUCCAGAUACAUCUGCUGACUACCGCUAUCUGGACACGCUACUCGGGUAUUCCUGAGCGAUGGAACGUCGCUACUGGUGAUAUUGAUAAUGGGAUGCCGUGGUACGGCGGUCGACCCGAGUUCAUCGAGUCCAACUACUAUAUUUACCGGGCGACGCAGGAUCCAUGGUAUCUUCAUGUCGGAGAGAUGGUUCUCAGCGAUCUCAAGCGGCGUUGCUGGACCAAGUGUGGCUGGGCUGGCAUUCGAAACGUUCUGACUGGCGAGCUCAUUGACCGAAUGGAGAGCUUUUUCAUCGGCGAGACAGCCAAAUACCUUUAUCUGCUGUUCGAUCGGGAUCACCCGCUGAACAAGAUUGAUGCCCCCUGGGUCUUCAACACCGAAGGACAUCCUCUCAUCAUCCCGAAGAGGGCGGCAUCCCCGCCUCCUCGGCAGCAAACCCCGUCCCGAGACCAGGACGUCGCCGGUGGAGUCUGCCAAAUUAUCCCCUCUCCGUUCUUUGGUGUGUCUUCCACCGCAUCACGUUCAGACAUCUUCCAUGCCGCCACUCUGGCUCGCUUGGAUUUGAUGCCCGAUCGAGGAGCCGAGGGUCCAAUUUUGGAGAACUCGCCUGGACAUCAGAGUGUCUUUGUGUCCGACCUCUCCUCGCCAACUAAUUACACAUUCUACCCCUGGACGCUGCCUCCCCAGCUCGUCCCAUUCGACGCGAUCAGUGCCCCUAUGGCCGUCCGGCCCACGCUCGACAUCUCAUUCCCAUCACUUCCAGGCGGUGUAAACCUGGGACCCGGUGCACUGGAGCGUGUCCGAGACGGAGUCAUUGUGAAGACAAUCGGAGGACUGCGACUGAGUAUGGUUCAGGAUGUACGGCUGGAAGACCCGACUGCCAUGGCAGGAGAGGAAGACGGGUACCGGGUGCAGGUGAUCAACAAUGUGCCGUUGGGAAAAGAUGAGAAGGUAUAUCUCUCUCGCCAGAUCACCUUUGAUGUCGUCGACCCAUAUGAUCCAAACUUCACCCGGGUUCGCGACAAUGCCAUGCUUGACCUCGUCAUUGACGUUCUCCCAGAACCCUCUCGCCGACGUAAUGGUUCGGCUCCUCCAGGAGAUGAACAACCUGAAACGGAUAAUCCACCCCCAGCCCAUCUCGGAGCCCACAGCGCCUCUUCUGUCGACGAUGCCGCCAUCGUCGACUCGCCAGACUCAACUGUGAAAGCCGUGCUAUCAUCUCUGAUGAACUCGGUCUCGUCUUUGCUUCGCGACCCGCCGGUCGAACCUGCCCCGCUCAGACUGACUCUCCCCGCUGCUAUCUCUACAGGCAUUGGGUCCAGCCCAUUGCCGGAUGUUGAGGAUGCGGUCAUCGCCUCCUUAUUCGGCAAUCCAUCCACAACCCGCCUCUCGUGGUCCAGUAUAUAUUUCGCCGGCGAGCUAUGUAACGAGCGAAUCCUGCGCGAGGUUGCCCAUAAUCACGAAGUCCUCGUUAUCAAACGCGGUGGCUGCACUUUCUCUGAAAAGCUCCGCAAUAUCCCUGCCUAUCGACCCACGCGAUCUGCGCUGAAGAUGAUCGUCGUAGUCUCUUACGACGACAUGCCCGGCUUCAACCAGCAGAAAGGAUCAAUGGCUGGCGGGUCUGGUUCGGCCAUCGCUGCUGUCCGUGCUGAGUCUAGUCUCGUCCGUCCUCAUCUCGAUGAAGCCCAAAUGACCCCCAGCGGUAUCCCGCGCAACUACCUCAUCAGCAUGGUCAUGGUCGGUGGCGGAGAUGAAACAUACGAACUCCUACGCCAUGCAAGCAGUAUUGGUAUCAAGAGACGGUACAGCAUGCGCUCGCGUGGUGUCCCCAUUACGAAUCUACACAUUGUUUGA